GCCCAAGGCGCGUUUUUUUUUGGGCUGGAAAGUUUAGUGGGAAAAGAAAAAAAAAGGAAAAGAGCUAGUCUUUCUAUCUUUACACACCAUGUUCUGCGCAAUUUCUGGAGAGUCACCUGAACAUCCAGUGGUGUCUGUUAAAUCAGGCAACCUUUUUGAAAAAAGACUGAUCGUCAAAUACAUUGGUGAUCAUGGCAAAGAUCCUGUCACAGGAGAAGAUCUCACAGUCGAUGAUUUGAUUGAACUCAAGACAAACCCAGAGACAAUCAAGCCUCGCCCACCAAAGCUUUCAUCCGUACCCUCUAUCCUGUCCGCUUUGCAGAACGAGUGGGACAGUGUUAUGCUCGAAUCAUUCACAUUGAAACAACAAUAUCAACAAGUUCGCCAGGAACUUUCUCACGCCCUCUAUCAAAACGAUGCCGCUGCCCGUGUUAUUGCACGUCUCAAGAAGGAACGCAACGCUGCUAGAGAAGCACUUGCCAAUGUCCAGGCUCAUUUGGGCACUACCUCUGCACCUGCACCUGUAGAAGAGAAGACCGAAACAAUGGAAGUUGAUGGUGCGCUCCCAGAAGAAGUUGUUGCAAAGAUUAACGAGACAAGUGAAACUUUGUCUCAGGGUCGACGCAAGAGAAAGCCUCCUACCGAUUACACCUCCCUGGAAACCAUCAAAACAUUCACCCAAACCUCCACCAUCCCAUCCCUCCACUCCUCCCGCACACCCGGCAUCACCGCUGUUGAUGUUGAUGUCACCGGUAAGCUUAUCCUCACCGGUGGUAACGACAAAAAGGUCCAGGUCUACAACCGCGACGAAGAAAAGGUUGUUGUGGACUUACCAGGUCACACCAAGAAGGUCACCUCGGUUAAGUUCAGAGGACAGGAUGUGGAAAAGGAUGUGUUUGUCUCGGCUAGUGCCGACAAGCACGUGCGUGUCUGGACAGAAGGAGGAGCCAAGGGCUACCACACUGCCCACAACAUUUCUGCACACACUGCAGAUGUCACUGCUCUUGCUAUUCACCCUAGCAAGGACUACUUUGUCAGUGCUGGUUUGGAUAACAAGUGGGCCUUUUAUGACUUUGAGAACGGCAAGUCCUUUAUUGAAGCCAUUGACACCGAGACCGAAGCUGGUUACACUGCACUUGACUUCCAUCCUGAUGGUAUGAUCCUUGGUGCUGGUACUGGUGACUCGGUUGUUCGCAUUUGGGAUGUCAAGUCUCAAACUGUUGCUGCAAGCUUCAGUGGCCACACUGGAAAGAUUAGUGCUCUUGCUUUCUCUGAGAACGGUUAUAUCCUUGCUACUGCUUCCGAGGAUAACCUUGUCAAGAUUUGGGAUUUGCGCAAGUUGGCCAACACAAAGACCUUUACUCUCGAUGAGGGUUACAAGGUCCAGUCUCUCUCGUUCGACAACUACGGCCAGUACUUGGCCAUUGGUGGUACUGAUGUGAGAAUUCUCAAGGCUAAGGACGGAUCUCCCAUUACCACAUUCACAGACAACACUGCAGAAGUUACUGGCUUAAAAUGGGCACCCGGAGCUGACAGCCUUUUGGCUGCAGGUUUGGACCGUACAAUCCGUUACUUUGGGGCAUAAAAACAUUACUAUUAUUAUUAUAUAUACACAUAUAUAUAUUAUAUAAAAAAAACAAGAAUACGCAAAACCAGACCUGACCCGAACUGACCUGACCUAACAUGACAUGACAUGACAUGACAUGGCAUGGCAUGAUAUAGCCAAAUCAAAUCAAAUCAAAGCUUUUCAUAUGUGUAUAUGUAUGACAGUCCAUCUAUCUAUUUUCUCUCAUUCUUUCUCUUUUUCUAUCACCUUUUUUUUUUAUACAUUUUUGGUAUAAUUAUCUCAUCUAACUUCACAGCUUGUUAUCUCACUAUUUUUGUGCGUGUAUUUCUUGUGCACAGUUUAUUUAUUUUUUGUACUUUGUGUACGUGUGUGAAUAUAUAAAAUAGUAAGAGCAUCCCCAGCAGUUCGCUUUAUUUUAUUUUACCAAGCAAUUAAAGUUAACAAGGAUUUGAAAUUGACUGCUG